AUGCCGGCGACGACAUCGACCAGUUCUAAAAAGGCCCCCGCGCUAAAGACGCUUCAAGCUAAAUUGAAGUCGUUUCUAACCAUGUUUAAGGAUAUCGGUGAGUUUGCACAAGCGUUCAGUGUUGAAACUACUGCUAGCCAGGUGACGGUGCGACUUGAGAAGCUAGAAGAGUUGUGGGAGAAGGUGAAUGACGUCAUCUUGGAAAUCGAAAUUCACGAAGACUAUACGGCAGAGGAUGAAGCUUAUAUACAGCAGCGGUCGGAGUUUGGCAACAAGUACUAUGCGGUAAAAUCGGCACUUUUGGACAAGGUUAAGGAAUUGGAGGAACAUCCGGCCAUGAAUACUUCUCUUCGCGCCAAUGAAACGACGCAGCAACCUACCGUUGAGCACGUUCGUCUCCCACAAAUCAAACUUCAAACGUUUGAUGGAAAUAUUGAUGAGUGGUUGAGUUUUCGAGAUCUUUACACUUCGUUGAUUCACUGGAAGGCCGAUCUACCCGAUGUUGAGAAGUUCCACUACCUAAAGGGAUGUUUGGCUGGUGAGGCAAAAGCGUUGAUAGACCCACUAUCUAUUACAAGGGCAAAUUACCAAAUUGCCUGGGAUACGCUUACAAAACGAUAUAAUGAUAGCAAGUUUCUGAAACGAAGGCAGGUGCAAGCACUUUUCAAGCUACCUUCGUUAACGAGAGAAUCUUCCGCUGAGUUGCAGGCCUUGUUGGGAGGCUUUGAACGGGUUGUUCAGACACUGGAUCAGCUUAUACAACCAGUAGAUUACAAGGAUUUGCUAUUGUUGGACAUUCUAUCCACACGAUUAGAUAACACAACAAGACGUGCCUGGGAAGAAUAUUCUUCGACGAAGGAAAAUGACACAGUGAAAGAUUUGACCGAGUUUCUACAAAGGAGGGUACGAGUUCUUGGAUCAUUACACACGAAGCCUACGGAAGCCAAGCCAGAGUUUUCACGACAAUUUAGGAAGGGUUUUACUCCAGCACGUCAUAGUCAUAAUGUUGUUCAAAACACAACGGGAAAUUGCGUGGCGUGCACAGAGUCGCAUCCGUUGUAUUUAUGUUCAGCGUUUCAGCGGCUUACGGUGUCUGCCCGGGAUAAACUACUUCGGACGCAUUCUCUUUGUAGGAAUUGCUUUAAAAAGGGGCACAGGGCUUCGGAUUGUCCAUCAAAAUACGUUUGCCACAUCUGUAAGGAAAAGCAUCACACGUUGGUAUGCUUCAGAGCUGAAAGCAACCAUGCUGCUAAGGAAAGGAUUAGCAAAGACAGUGGUGUAACCAAAGAGGUGUCAUCGCAGGCUGCUAGUACAUCGGGUACUCAAGUGUCUGCAAAUGUAUCUGGUCAUAAAAUAUCAUCCGUGCUGCUGGCUACAGCGGUCGUAUUGGUGGAAGACGACCAAGGCUUUCGUUUUCCAGCGAGAGCUUUACUAGAUUCCGGCUCCGAAUGCAACUUUAUGACAGUAGGAUUGGCUCAAAAAAAUGAAACUUAA